GGUGAUGUCCGUGCCCCGCCCCCCACAGUUCUCGGAGCUCAGCAGACGGUUGCAGGAGAUGUAUCAUGUGGUUCUCAACGUCUUCUACACACAGUGUAACGGAGAGAUCUACAUUCCCCUCAAAAGUCAGGCCGACCUGGACGCUGCCUUACAACUGGUGCAGCAGAAUGAACACACGUCCAGCCUACGCCUCUAUCUGACCGCGGUGGGGACCACAUCAGAGCUGUCCGGCAGUCACCACAACUCCCAUAACACAUACAACUCCUACAGCUCAACUACCCCGGGCCGCCACUCACCAAGCCCGCCGCCGGGUUCUCUGCCCUUGAAAGACUCCUACCUGAGAACCAACUCAUUCACCCCAGUUGACGGCGAGGGCCAGUUCAUCCCAGAGCCUUACAUGCGUGGAGAUCUGGGCGUGUACGGGCAUCACAGAGACGAUUCCAUAUCCGAGUCAUUGUCUUCCAACGACAGCAGCUACAUCAGUGGACAUGAGGGUAGGCGAAGAGAUUCCAAGAGGAGUGUUGUGUCAGAGAAUUCCAAGGAUGAACUUCCACAGAGGGACAACAGUCGCAAACAUUUUGGGACUUUUCCUCGUGGUUUUGAGGGCACCCAGACAGAGACUGCUACAGAAGGCAAGAGUAAUGGACACCAGACGUUCCCAAGGUCAGCCAUCCGACGGUUUGAGAACGAAAUGUCCGUGAACUCUCUGAUGUCCCAUAGUUCCGAGGGAACAUUGGAUACUCGAAGCUUGGAUUCCAGGAGCUCAUCCAGUAGUGGAUUGCCCACAGAUCCAGAUUUUGAUUCUCCCGGAGGCCGAUAUUCGUUAAGUGGGCCACUGUUCUCGAAAUCACCUCGUGCCCCAACCAACUGGAAACGAGGUCGUCUGCUGGGCUCCGGAGCAUUUGGGGAAGUUUACCUCUGCUGUGACUCGGAUUCAUCCAUUGAACUGGCGGUCAAGCAGGUUCAGCUGGGUGCUCUUAAUGCUGAAGUGUCCAAGGAAGUCAGGGCUUUAGAAAAUGAGUUACAACUGUUACGCAACUUCCAACAUGAAAGAAUUGUCCAGUACUACGGGUGCCAACAAGAGAGUAAAGUGUUGUCCAUUUUCAUGGAGUACAUGCCUGGGGGUUCAGUCUUAGACCAUAUGAAACAGUAUGGGCCCCUCACGGAGAACGUCACUCGCAGAUAUACCAGGCAGAUCUUGCAGGGGCUAGCCUUCUUGCACAAAAAUGUCAUUGUUCACAGGGAUAUUAAAGCUGCAAAUAUUUUAAGAGACACGGUUGGUAACGUCAAGCUAGCAGACUUUGGGGCUUCCAAAAGGUUACAGACGAUCACUAGUGCUACAGGGCUAAAGACAGCUGUGGGCACUCCUCAUUGGAUGGCUCCAGAGGUCAUCAAUGGCGAAGGUUACGGCCGCAAGGCUGAUGUCUGGAGCAUCGGUUGCACCGUCGUAGAAAUGAUUACUAUGAAACCCCCAUUCCACGAAUAUGAGCCAUUCUCUGCCAUGUUUCAAAUCGUCACCAGCAAACAUCCAAAGUACGAACUGCCGUCAAACUGUUCCCCUGCAGCGAAGGACUUUCUGUUGCAUACAUUCAGACGAACUGGCCAGGAGCGGCCCUCUGCUGAAGCUCUUUUGGAGCACCGGUUUGUUAGGGACUUAACAUAG